AUGUUCCAAGCAGACGAUCCCCAACACUCGUAUCAGGCGAAAACAAUAAAGGCGCUGGCGGACGAAAAAGUGUACACGUGGAUUGUUGAGCUGGUUUAUGGCCCCAAUAAGGAGCAGGCGUUGCUAGAACUCGGCAAAAAGCGGGAAUUAUACGAUGACUUGGCCCUUGUUUUGUGGAAUUCAUUUGGUGUCAUGACUAGUUUAUUGGAGGAAAUUGUGGCUGUGUACCCGAUGCUGUCACCUCCAAACCUAACUACCCCAGCUUCCAAUAGAGUCUGCAACGCCCUUGCGUUGUUGCAAUGCGUCGCCUCGCAUCCCGACACCCGUACACCUUUCUUGAAUGCCCAAAUACCACUGUUUUUGUAUCCAUUUCUGAACACCAAUUCGAAACAACGGCCCUUUGAAUACCUAAGACUUACUUCUCUCGGUGUGAUUGGCGCCUUGGUGAAAAACGAUACCAGCGAAGUGAUUCAAUUCUUACUCACAACAGAAAUUAUUCCUUUAUGUUUGAAAAUCAUGGAAUCGUCCUCAGAGCUUUCCAAAACAGUGGCCAUUUUCAUUGUCCAGAAGAUCCUGAUGGAUGACUCGGGACUUGCAUACACGUGUCAAACGUUCGACCGGUUCGAAGCUGUUUCCAGCGUGCUCAAGCUCAUGAUUGACCAGCUUGUUGCCAACCCCACCGUCCGUCUACUCAAGCACGUGAUCAGGUGUUACUCUCGCUUGGCUGACAAUCCAGAAGCCCGUAUUGCUUUAAAGGAGCGUUUACCCGAGGCACUAAAGAACGACAUGUUUUCGUCGCUACUUCGUGACGAUCCGGCUACUAAAGCCUGUCUUUCACAGCUACUCAUGAUGAUCCAAUAA